GUGGGAUUAGAAGGCACAAAACUGUGCCCUAUACUCCCCAACAAAAUGGGAUAGCCGAGAGAAUGAAUAGGACUGUUCUAGAUAAGGUUAGGAGUAUGCUUGCCACCUCCGGUUUGUCUAAAAAGUUUUGGGGUGAAGCAGUCAAUACUGCUGUCUACUUGAUUAACCGGUCUCCUUCUGUUCCCUUGGGUGGGAAAUGCCCUGAAUCUGUUUUUUCAAACAAGCCCCUUGAUUUGUCUAAUCUUAGAGUGUUUGGGUGUGCUGCGUAUGUGCACCAACAAGGUGACAAAUUGGAUCCUAGGUCUAAGAAAGGAGUCUUCUUAGGUUAUCCUGAGGGUGUGAAGGGGUACAGGGGUUUGGGAUAGGAACCAGGUAGGUUUCAAGGUUGUGGUAAGUAGAAACGUUGUUUUCAAUGAAUCCGAGUUCCCUUGUCUGGUUAAGUCAGUUCCUGAUUCUGAGUCGAGCCCUAGUAGUACACCUGUUGAGGUGGAGUCCAUACCAUAUGCUGCUAGUCCUUUGUUUGCUAAUCAUGAUUCUUCUAAUUUGCAUGAUUCUUCUGAAUUGCAUGAUUCUUCUGAGCAUGAUAAUAC